AUGGACGGCGGCAUGGGAAUGGAGGUUGAGGAUGAGAGUAGUGAUGAGGAGGAGUUUGAUGUUGACAAGAGGAAGUCUGCAGUAGGCAAGUCGUUCAUUAUCGCUCCGGUAGUUUCUCAAAAUGGCAUGCUCAAUCUCUACGGCAUUCUAGAAACUGUCAUGGAUAUUGGCACAUUCGUGCAACAAAGUGGCCUCAGCAUUGUAUGGCUUAGUCCGGCGAAUCUACAGCAAUUUCUGAAGCAAAAUGUGUCUUAUGGGUGGUCUACUGUCGGAGUCAGUAUUCGUAAGCAGUACAGGGAUAUCGGACAAUGCUCACUGGAUCCGAAGAUUCACAGCCCCUUGCUGAACUCCCGAGAUAAAUGCUACAUCCAAGCCGAUCCGAUUGUUCUCCUCGACAAGCCACACGCGUCCAAGAGCUACCAGAAGGGCUCAAGAAGUUAUGGGUCUUGUGCAGCAUUCGGCGCCACUUUGGUUGAUACAAAUCCACUGAACAAUGACGAUACAAGCAUGGACCAAUGGCACCAGUGCGCUGUUAGUAACUCCUCUAUUUUUGCCGUAACUAACCCGAACAAUGCGCUCGGCAAACUGUUAAACCUCAGCACCGCCUGGAUUCUGCUGGGACAAUCAAGUACGGAGUGCUACAAGCAUCUCGGUAACAUCUGGCUAUACAAGAGAAAUCAGUGUAGUAUGAAAAUGUUACAGGAAACGUACAUAAUGAAAAGAUUGUCUGCAGGACAAUCCGACAGCUCGCUGCAGCUCCUUGCCCGGCGAAUGGGCGGCAACAAUCUUACAGACAUCAGCAACGUUAUGAUUUCUGGCGCCAGGAGAGCAUAUUACUGUCAAUAUCCGCACCUAUGA